AUGGCCGGGACCAACAGGCGCGAUCGAUAUUCGCCUUCAGACAGCGCAUACUAUGCCGUCGGCCCCAAAGACAUGACGUCGUCCCCAACGGGCACAUUCUACUUUGCUUAUGGCUCGAACUUAUCCACCACACAGAUGGGCAUAAGAUGUCAUCAGGAUCCCCAGUCAUCACAGCCCGUUGCAAUUGCUCGCCUCGACGACUACGAGUGGAUCAUUUGCCAGAGAGGGUAUGCCAACGUCGUUGCGUUACCACCACUACAACCGCAAUCCAACUCAUCAAACACACCAUCGAUCUCUCCUGGAUCGCAGACAAAGACGACGUCCUCCACCACAAGCAUCAACAAACGCACAGUCCACGGCCUUCUCUACAAUCUCUCACCCGCCGACGAAGCUCGCCUAGACCUCUACGAGGGCCACGAAAAUGGCCGCAACCCCCAUCCAGAGCCCAAUCCCGAUCCCACUACUGCGACAGCCAUCCCCUUCCUGCAAGGAAAGUGGACUACAACAAGCACUACCUCCCCGUCACCAUCACGAAAUGGCUCACGCCGCCCGAAGACUUCGGCCUCGAAUCAGUUCCUCAGAACGUGGAAGCCGCCGCAGCAGUAG